UGAGGGUUGGCACUUGGCGAUAAUCUGUUGCGCUGGUGUAGAAGUGUUUAAGCGUUAUACCUUCUACUGUUUAUCUAUUUUGUCGCGUGAUGAAUUCACAAAAAAGGUCAGGAAGCCAAAAUCGCAGGCGAAAGCGUGAAAAUGAAAAGAGAAGGCUGCUAGAGCUGACGAAGAUGCCGAAGCUUUCCUCGAUGUUUUCGGCGGCUUUAUCCAGCGCGUCAUCCUCUUCCAAACCUGCUGGUGUCAAUUCUGAAUCUCAGUCCAUGCCUGCCAACGAGAUAGACGCCGAUGACCCCGGGACCAUGAGCGAUGGCGACAUACAUCAGACAACAGAACCGCCACGGAAGUCGACCCCACAAACAGUUAGCAGAAAUGGCUCGAUCUCCGGGACAUAUUCCUUCAUCUGGAACUAGUUCGACGCUGCCGCUGGUUGAGCCAGUGGGCGAAGAUGACAAUCCUUCCGGCGUGCAUGAUGAAUAUGGUGGGUCCAGCGAAGAACUACAGGCUGCUGCUGGCGGUGCUGAUGCAAAGCGCCCCAAUACUGACGGCGGUAAAGUCACCUCAGAAUACGCUACGAUUGAGAUUGGUAUCGAACCCUGCCAUCCGAAGAUAGAAUUCCCAGUUUCUGACGGUCGACACUUCAACUACGAGUGGUUCAACACACACCCAUGGCUCACCUACGAUGUCGCUAACGAUACAGUGAGAUGUCACACCUGCCUCACAAGCAUAAAGACAGGGCUAAUGAGAGAGCAAGAAUUCCGUAAAACUGCGUUUCUUCGGGGCUUCUCGAAGUGGAAAAAGGCAGGAGAGACCUUCAAGAAACACGAACAAUCUGAGGCCCACACGACCUCGAUGCAGAAAAUUGUGCUGUCCAGACAACAGCCUAUUACGGCGGGAAUCACUGAGGCUUCACGAAAAGAGCAGCGAUCGAACACUGAAGUGUUCCUGGACGUCUUGAGCACUCUCAGAGGCCUAGCUCGAUGCGGCACCGCCCUGAGGGGGCACAAAGAAACAGAUGGCAACCUCAUGCGCAUGCUUCAGGAUCGCAGCGCGGUGUCCCCAGAGGUGAAAAAAUGGCUCGAGAAGAAAACCAACUUUUUGAGUCAUGAAUGCCAGGACGAGCUGUUCGAGGUGAUGGCUACUAUGGUACAGCGCGAUAUCGCUGAAGAAGUAAAGAAGAGUGGGUGGUUUUCGGUGAUAGCUGAUGGCACAACAGACGUCUCCCGGACCGAACAGUUCUGCGUCUGUCUUCGGCACGUUGACGAGACGUUGUGUGCCAAGGAAGUGUUCUGUGGCCUGUACGCUGCUCCAGACACCAGCGGAGAGACACUCUUCAAGAUCAUCGUAGAUGUCAUGCGGCGAAUGGCGAUCGACAUUGGCAAUCUGAGAGGAAUGUGCUUCGAUGGCGCGAGUAACAUGUCCGGUGCCCUUAAAGGCGUGCAGGCCCGGCUGGCACAGCAGCAGCCCAAAGCUGUGUACGUACACUGUCUAAACCACUCGCUGGAUCUGGCCCUGGUAGAAGAGGCAAAGGCGGUCCCCAUCAUCGGCGACGUCAUGAACAUUGUUCGCGACGUAUCAACGUCACUCAACACGGCAAAAAGGAGGAAUAUGUUUGAGGAGCAUGUGAUUCUGGGAGAUGACAGUCAGUCGACAGGACCUGGACGUUCGAAGAAACUACUGGCUAUAUGCCCAACGCGCUGGACCGUGCGGUCUGCAGCGUUCCGUCGUUUCCUGGACUGCUAUGACGCAGUAAUGGACACCGUCGAUGACAUAAUCGACGAUAAUGGGACAGCUCCUGACGUGAAAGCACGUCUGCGCGGAGUAUCAAUCCAGCUGCAGCACUUCGAAACACUUUUCGCCAUGUACCUCGCCCUGCAGAUAUUUGAACCAUGUGAAUGUCUUGCCAAGACGCUGCAGAAGCCUUCGCUGUCCAUCGGGGACGCGAUCAAAGCUGCUAAUGAUCUAGUCAGCAUCCUGGAUAGCCAGCGAACGGACCAGUCGUUCUCCUCGCUAUUCACAUCUGUGAGUAAGAGGACCACUGAGUUGACGACAGAAAUCGCCCCACCCAAAGCGCCGAGGGUAAGACGACCACCGAGAAGGCUGGAGCAGACUAGCCAGCCCUGCCCCCCGGCUGAGCUGGACGCCAAAGCUGGUCUGCGCAAACAGUAUUUCAAUGCCAUCGACAUCGUGUCAGCUGAAGUGCGGCGCCGGUUCAAUCAGCCUGGAGUGAAGCGACUCAGCGAAAUGGAGCGAGCUCUGCUAGAGCCUGGCCGUCCGCUUCCACCUGAGAGCGACGAAGUCGACGAAAACAAGCUGAGGUCGGAGCUCGAGGUACUGAACUCGCUCCGACCUCAGCCUCGCACCACAACUGUGGCGGAGCUGGCCAGAUAUAUCGGCUCUGCAGAGUUCACUCCAGAGUAUCUCAUUGAAGUGAGAAAACUGUGCAAGCUCAUCAUGACAGUACCAGUGUCUGCUGCAAGCGCUGAGCGGGUGUUUUCAGCGCUACGGCACGUGAAGCAGUACUCAAGAAGCACGAUGGCUCAAGCACGCCUGUCACAUUUGAUGAUCCUGAAUGUCCACCAAGAACAUGCCCUGAAGCUGAACCUGCGAGCCGUCAUGCGGGAGUUCGUGUACCGAUCCCCAGCGAAGAGGGUACCCGCUUUCGGCCGCCAGUGAGGCACUCUGGGCUCGACCAAAGUCUGAGGAAUUCAGGUACAUAGUACAUGUACUGAGUCUGAGUAGCAUAUGCAAACUGGGUGUGUGCCGCCUGUGAUGUCUGGUUAUGCGCUGUGUCGGAUUUUUCGUUUACCGUGCGACAUGGUCUGUUUACCAUGACAUUCUUUUAUGCUCUUCUCAAACUGUUUGUACCGUAUGUAUCAUGUCAAUCAAAUGACAAAACAAUGAGUGUGUGUGUCCUGUACAUUGUCAAAAUACAGAAGUGUUUGGUUGGAAUGGAUUUUUUUUUUACAA